CUCGAGAAUAUUUACACGAGAGUCGUCGAUAGGAAGAGGAUAAAAGAAUUCAAAUCCUGGUCAAUGGAUGGAACUUUGUGACUUUGCCUGUGACCAUUCUCCUUCAUCUACUUGCGACGUGCAGGUGAAGAUUGCCUCAGUCAUCCUAACCGCAAGUUUUACAAAAGUCAUAUUAUAUCUGCACAUCAGAACCUUCAUCCCAAGGCCUUGCCGUUAUCCUCCUAGGGGCGAGAAUUCGACUAAUAAUGGAUUCCAUGGAUUCACUAGAGCAGGACCAUCAACUUUCUUCAUCCGCCGAUCUGUUCUUUCCAGGCGACCACCAGCACCAUAUGGGCUCUCCUACAGAUCAGGCUCAGCAAAAAGAUACACUAGACGGAGCACCAUCCGGCUCAAAUUCGCUGAAUCUCAAUCCUUCCUUUCUAAAUGAAGCAGGAGGGAACAGCAUGGGAAUGGUUAUGGCUGCUCUUCAAUCUCUCGGUAGCAAUACAAGGGCUUCGAAUCCUUCCGAUGGUGAACAGCAGCCUGCUGCCCACAAUGAGGACCCCGGAGCUGGACAGGGCCAAGGGCAGCUUAGAGAACAAAUUAUCCUGGAACAGUUCAAACUGGCGCAGCUUAAGCAGCUGCAGGAGAUCCAGCAGCAGAUUUUUCAGCAACAGAUGGCGCUACUCAAUAGCGGAACUACUUCUCUGGACAGUCAAGCUCGGGAUCAGACUCAGCGCAGAUUUCACGGUUUACCCACGCCAGGUUCAUCUACCGAAAUUCGACCAUCUCAACCUAUCCCUGUCGAGUUCGUAUCCCCGAUGCUACUCAACUUCAACGAUAUAGACUCAAGCUCUAUCAUGUCCCUCGAUUUUCCCGGCCAAAAUCCGUAUCCUCGAAACAAUGCGGCCUCCCACACUCCGGUGUUCCCUUCACGCGACCCCGUCGGGUUAGAUAUGAACGUUAGUAGCUACGCAGCAGUGCAUCCGCAAUUUGGCGCAGGAGGAAGUACAGUUACGGGCAACAAUUUUGCAUCAUCACCUCCGUUCCAUGCCACCUCGAAUACAGGCGGGGGUGGUCAUGCUCGAGCUCACGAUCACUAUAUUGCUCAUCGAGGGACUGCGUCUGCCCCUGCGCAUAUUGCCUUCGGUAACCCGUACCACUCUUCUCAAAAUGGUAUGAAUAUGCACGGUGGUAUCAACACUAUGAAUAUGUCGUCCGAGCCUUCGUCACCGUUACAUUCGGAACUAGACUUCGAUAUAUCACCACUGACGAGUCCUUGGCUCGGGGCAAAAAUGACCGGAAAUAGCAAUGGAAAUGGAAGAAUUCAGGCGUAUGGGCAUCCCCAGAACCAAAGUCAAACUCAUCGUAACCAAAAUCAAAUGCACUCCCAUCUUAACACUCACGCAGGAUUAAAACGCGCUGCAUCACCGAGUACUCCCGAUAUCGACGUUGACGUUGUAUUUAGUGGUGCUUCAGACGAAAUCGGGAGGUCACGGAAGCGACAAGCUUCGAUAUCCCUGUCACCUAAUACUAUGCGACCUUCUGCUUCCAAUUCUACUUCGUCCUCUAGGUCUUCACGUGUCUCAAGUUCUGGGUCGAGGUCCAUGAACUCGACGCCCUUAUUGAGAGGAAUCAACCCAAAUUCGAACACUAGGGCGAGAAGAGGAAGCAUAAAAUCAAAUAGUCCCAUGACUAUGGCGAUGACUGGUGGAGCUGGUAUAAGUAGCGUAACAGGCUUUUCCAGUAUGCCGAGUCCUCUGGUUGACUCUAAUUCGGGAUCAUCGUUCAGGGGGUCGAAUAUGAAUGUCAGUAACGGUGAUUGCCAUACUCAUAAUAACAGCGACGGAAUACCCGUAGGCAAUGGAGACAACUCAAAUAUUGGUUUCGGAGUUGUGGGAGACUCACCUUCGCCUGUGGAUCUUUCCCUGUCCAUGCCACCCCCUGCGGCACCUGCUUCGGCAUUCACUCCUUCAACAAGUACCAGAGGUACAACGUUACCAGAACCACUGGUUCCUGUCACCCCUGCGAGUAUCAUGAACCUUGGGAAUUCGUUCGUGGGGCUCGGUGGUGGACUAGGUAGCGUCAGUCAAAAUCAUAACUCUGGUAUAAGUGCGGGCGUUGACGGAGCCGCUUCUUCCUCCACGCCCGGUGCGUCAGGUAAUUUUCCCGCCUCGACUUCUGCAGCUGCGGGUGGUGCUGCGAAGCCCGCCACGAAAGGUGCUGGAAGAGGUGCGAAGAAUGACAAAAAUGAUCCCGGAUCAGGGACAGGGACACGAAAGUCCGGGCGUAGAGGUGGAGGUGGUGCAGCGACUGGCGACAGUACAGGCUUGAAACAUAUAUUACCUGCUACCAAUCCGUCCCCUCCGUCUUCGUCCUUACGUCCUUCCUCAAACCUGAACUCAACCUCUGUCGCCGCCACUUCAUCAACCACAACUAUCGUUCCCGUCAAGGAACGAAAGACCUCACAUAAAGCUGCUGAACAAAAACGUCGAGAUUCCUUGAAGACUACAUUCGAUGACCUUCGUGGGCUCCUUCCGCCCAUUCCACUCCCAACAGAUGGCGAUUCCAAAUCCGGAGGUACUGCAGCUGUAGAUGACGAGAUUGGUUUCAUAGCUCUCGCAAAAGCCUCGCUUCUUCCGGGGGCUCUACCUCCUAGGGGUCCGCCUAAAGUAGGGGAGGGUCCGAAUAAGGGAGUGAGCAAGUUACAACUGUUAAUUUGUGGGAAUGAAUAUAUUCGAGUGCUCAAAGGCAGAGUGGAAAGACGAGACGAGGAGGUGGAAAGGUUGAGAAGGGAAGUUAGGCGGUUAAGAUCGAAAUUGAUAGGGGGUGAAGCUGAAGAAGAUAGUGGUAGUAGUGGUGAGAAUGAGAAUGAGGGUCAGGAAGGAUGUUGUUAUAAAGAUGGGGGAAUGUUGGAUUUGGAUAGAGAUUUGGAUGCUGUGGAAGUUUUGGAGUCGAUGGGGACUUCGUCUUCUGGUCUUUCUGCGUCCAUGAAUGGGGGAGGUUAUCUCACGGGAGUUGAUGAGGAUGUAGAGGAAGACUAGUGCGCUUGGAAUCCAUAUGGACUGACGGUGGCCGUGUGGUUUCGAAAGACGUUUACCGCUCUAUAUGUGCAACGUGAGCUUGCAUUUCUUAAACCCUUCACGUUUAACGCUUAAAAU